AGCCUCGCUGGCUCGAGCUGCACCUGGCUCCAGCGGGAGAAAGACCCGAGGCCGACGCCCCUUGGACAGGCGCGACACAGGAGACCACUCCGCCAAACAAUGCCGAACGCGGAGAAGCUCGCGAAGAAGGCGCAGUACUUUGACAAGUUGGUCGACCUCUGCAUUAACAGCAAGAAUGGUGCCCUGCUCGUCGGGGUGGACCACGUGCGCUCGAAGCAGAUGCAGGAGAUCAGGAUCGAGCUCCGGGGCAAGGCCGUAGUGCUGAUGGGCAAGAACACCAUGAUCCGCAAGGCGCUCUUGCUCGGCGCAGAGAAGCACCCAGGCUGCGGUCUCGACCAGCUGAGGACGGGCAUCAACGGUAACAUGGGCUUCAUCUUCGCCACGAACUGCCAGCUGGACGACAUCCGCGAGACGCUGAAGAAGUUCCGGCUGCCUGCGGCGGCGAAGGCGGGGCAGCUUGCCCAGGUCGACCUCUCGCUGCCCGCCGGCCCCACGGGCAUGGACCCGUCGCAGACGGCCUUCUUCCAGGCCCUCAACAUCGGCACCAAGAUCGUGAAGGGGCAGAUCGAGCUGGUCGCCGAGACGCCGGUGCUGAAGGCAGGCGAGAAGGUGUCCCCCGGAGGCGCGGUGCUCCUCGGCAAGCUCGGGGUGAAGCCUUUCGAGUACGGCAUGGAGGUGCAGCAGGUGUUCCAGGACGGCUCCACCUUCUCGGCGGCGGUGCUCGACGUGAAGCCGGAGCAGCUCGUGGGCAAGUUCCUGGCCGGCCUCAACAACAUGGCCGCGUUCAGUCGCGAGAUCGGCAUCCCGACCGAGGCCGGCCUGCCCCACGCGUUCGGGAACGCCUUCAGGAACGCCUGUGCGCUGUGUGCCGAGAUCGACUUCACCUUCAAGGAUCUCCGGGGAGGAUGGAGCCUGUGAAGAAGUUCCUGGAGGACCCCGAGGCGUACGCGGCGGCGAACCCGGUGGCCGCAGCGCCGGCGGCGGGCGGCGGCGGGGGCGGCGAGCAGAAGGAUCGGAGAAGAAGGUGGCCGCCGUGGAGGAAGAGGAGGAGGAGGACGUGGACUUCGACCUCUUCGGCUGAGCGCGCGCCCUGCGGCGACUGCGGGGGGGAGAGAGCGGCCCAUCCGUCCGGAGGCGGCGAACCGGCUCGUCGGCGAAGGGAGCACCCC